AUGGGUGAUUCAGUGAUUCUAAGUAUAUUGAGUCUUGUCGAUAAGAGACUCAAUCGAUUUAAAGGUUCAUCAACGGGUUGCACCACCAGACAUCAGAUUGAAACAACGAUUGAAAACUAUAGAAAGACUCGUGAAAUACUGAAUAAUGCUAAGAAGCUACUGAUGAAAGAUCCUAGCUUGGUGGCAACCGACGAACUAAACAAUAACAUUCAACAAAUCGAUAUUAGAUUGACACUUGCAACCAUCGAGGAGAACACACUCACCAAGCGUCUCAAUGAAUUCGACUACACAGAGAGCGACUAUAUUUCGCCGCCUUCUACACCCACAAUUCCUGCACUCUCCAGUCUUUCAUCCGCUAAAAUACCAACUAUAAUAACAUCCGCUUCAACAUCAACAUCAACAACAAAUGAAACAUCUACAUCAACAUCAAAAACAAUCUCAGCAUCAACAGCAACAACAAGUAAAACAAUACCUUUAAGUUCUGCAUCUACUUCUAUACCUAUUUCACCAAGAAAAGUACAAGUACAACAACAACAACAACAAUCUACAGUAUUGGAAGUACCAACAACAUCUAAAGAAGUACUGGUAAAUACACAACCAAAUACUAUUCCAGUUUCACCAAGAAAACCAACAACAACAUCAUCAUCAUCGACAACGACAUCAACAACAGCUACACCAUCGGUAUCAACUAGAAAACCUUCAAAUCCUCCAAUUAUAUUACCAACGGACACUACCUACAACUCUGAGAAUCCAGAGUAUAUACCAGUGUCAAAGAGAGGUGAACAAAUAACAAAGAUGCUACAACAACAACACUAUCAAAACGAAACAAUUGUAAUACCAAGAAAACAGAGUAAAUCAUCAAAGAGAUAUAGUAGAAAGGUAUCAACAAGUUCAACAACAAAUCCUGUCAAUAAUAAUAAUAAUAAUAAUAACAAUAAUAAUAGUAAUUAUAUUAGUAGUUCAAUAAAUAAUAAUAACAAUAAAGAUAGGACAAAUAGCAUUGACAAGUCAUCUUCGUCAUCUUCAUCAUCUCUAACAGAAUCGGUCAAUAGUAAUACUACACAAGAUGAAAGCAUUACAAUUCAAGAUAAAGUAGUAGUUAAUCAAGUUAAGCAACAAGAGUUAGAGGAUCAACAACAACAACAACCAGCAUAUGUUGAUCAAUCAUCACAACACGCAGAACAAAUAAUAUUAUUAAAAGAAGAAGAUUUAGAUGUUAUAAAAGAAGAGGAAGAAGAAGAACAAGUUACUAAUGUAGAUGAAAUUGAAGUAGAAGUAGAAGCAGAGGUAGAGAUAAAUAGCAUUAAUAAUAGCAGUAGUGAUAAUAUUAAUAUUAAUAUUAAUAACAACAAUAACAACAAUAUUAAUAAUAAUAAUAGUAAUAAUAAUAAUAAUAAUAUUUUAUCAAGUUCAAUUGCAGAUUCUUUUAUGUUAAAACAACAACAACUUGCCCGUACAGGAUCGGAUCUGACGAUUUCACAAAUCAUUCAACCAUUUGUAUCAUCUGAUCAAAUCAUUCCAUCGUCAUUACCUUCUAAUAUACUGAUCUAUGAGAAUGCCAACCAAAAGAUAUCACAGAAACUUAAGAUGGCAAAACAGAUUCCUGUAAGAAAGACAUCUGAAGCCAGAAUCGGACAUGCAAGAACAAAUUCACUGCUAAACAUACAGAGAAACAAUAGUAAUAUAUUUUCACAAUCACUACCAAAUGCUUCAUAUAUUGAAACUGGUAGUCAUAUAAAUAAUAAUAAUCAUACAUAUAAUAAUAACAGCAAUAACAGUAAUUUUAUAAAUGGAAGUUCAAGUAGUAAUCUAUCAUUGUCAAAUGGAUCAAUUGGUAAUAGUAAUAAUAAUAUUAAUAAUAAUACAAGUGGUGGAGGUCAAGGUGAGAGAUUGGCAAUUCUACAAUCUCUUUUGAAAACAGAGGAACUUACAAACAAUGCAGAUCGUAAGGUUAUGGAUGAGAUUAACAAGGUAACCAGACAAAAGUCAGAGGAACUCUAUCAGUUGGUUUGGGAGGUGCGUAAUCUCGAUAAAGCAAUUGCUACGGUCCUUAGUAAUCAGGUGCCGAUUGCCGAUAUCAAUGUUGCAUCGUCAAAGUACAACGACGAUGGUCACCACAAUGGAAAUGGUACGGGACACCGAGGUGUCGGUGGCAACAGUUCCAAUACCGUGACGGAACUGUCGAUCCAGUUGAAACAUUCAUUGGAGCGACUGCUGAUUCUGGUGAGAAAUGAACCUGCCAUUCUCACAGAGACGUUGUGGCGUGCCGGUUACCUACGCGAAGACUCUGAGAAGCAGUCGCACCACAACCUCUCACAGGCAAUUGUGUUCUCGUUGUUUGGAAACUGCUUUACCGCUACCGAUGAACGGCUACUGCUUCUACUGAUCCGAAAGAUUGCAGAGUUGGAAUUCUCAAAGUUCUCGGACAAACGAAAGUUUGGCACACAGGAGCCCUUCUCCUUUACACUGCUAUCGACUUACUUGAAAUGUACAUUUGGCAAGCCAUACGUCAUCUCAGUACUCAAAGAUCUGAUAGUCUCGAUCAUCCAAGAUCACAAUAUGAAUUUAGAGAACGAUCCUCAGAAGAAAGCGAUGCUGGCAGAGAUUGGUCUGGACGAAGAACCUCAGGUUGACCAGAAUCUGUUGCUACAGCAAUUCAGUGGUGAGUUUCUUCAGCGUGUAAUUGCACUCUCCACUGGAUUGCCAUAUGGAUUGCGUUGGAUUUCCAAAGUCAUUAUCGAGAUGUAUCGCGAGCAUCUCAGAUCUACGAGACCAGCCGACUUUGAAGAGACCGACUUUACACGUAUCAAAGAUUCAGCGGUCGAGCGUGAAUUGAUGAUUCAUCUCAUUUUCGAGAACUUUUUCAUCCCAGCUCUACUUAGACCCGACCACUAUGGUGUAUUGCCAGGUUUGAACAUCAGCCAAAAAACACGUCACAAUCUGAUCCAAAUCGCCAAGAUGGUAUUGACUUUCCUCUCUACACCACAAUCAAUUCCACCGUGGCUAAACGAAAGUAUGAACCUCGAAGCUAGAAUCAAUGAGUAUUUUAAUGAUUUAUCAAUGGUACAGGAACCUGAAACUUAUUAUAACAGACCGGUUUAUGAAAUGGAAUUGGGUCAGAAUUUAUUGGUUUCAUCGACUGACUUGUUCCAGAUAUUAGAGUUGAUCUAUCACAAUAAGCCUGAGUCAAAGGAUGUAUCAGAGACUGCCAGCUUGCAAUUGGAGAUGGUUGAGAUGAUCAAGGAUGUUCAACCUGCACAUCACCUCCAGGAUGGCAUGAAGUUCUUGGUGAUCAAUGUAAUUCCACGAAAGAAGGAGGGUAAUGAAUAUCGUUAUUCUCAGCAAAUAGGACAAUCUGUCCGACUUGCCAAAGAGAAUCUGAUCCGUGCUCUAGAGCGUACCUACGCCAGAAUGCAAACAGAGUUUGUCAGUGAAUUCAUGUCACGUUUCUCUAUUGACACUGGCUACUGCUCGUGCUCACCCAACAUCGAUGACAACAACUCGAGUAUCUGCGGAACUUGCAGUUUGAAAUCAACUAUGAUUGGAACAUUCUUGAAGCGAUCGAAAGAUGCAAUGGAAAAGAGUGAUUGGUGGAAAGGUUCCGAUGAAGAGGAAUUGGAAAUUGCUCUACAUACCAUUGAAAGAAAUUUAAUGACUCAAAUUUAUAAUUAUACUUUCAGUGUAUCCAAAGAAGAUGUUAAAUUUACCAAACAACUAAAGUCGAAAUCAGCUAUCAUCGAUCAUAGAUCACUUUAUAUUCCAGAUAAAUAUGCCAAUCAGGCACCAUGGGAACUUGCACAACAAGAAAUUAGAAAAAUCAACCUUUAUAAAUCACCUUAUGAUAAACUGAAAUGUAUCAUUGAUACAUGGAAUAUUAUUUUUAAUUAUACAAAACCAUUAGGAGAGUCUGGACCAGAUGAUUUCUUACCGAUUAUGGGUUUCGUAAUUGUAAAGGCAAGACCAGAGAAUCUACUCUCUAAUAUUCAAUAUAUUUCUCUGUACACAUUGAACAUCGAUCCAACAGCAGAGGUAUGGUUUAUGAAUCUAAAGUCAUCGAUCGAAGUUGUAAAAGAGAUUAUGAACGAUGCACUCAACUACCACGGAUGGACCAAAGGUAUUCUUCAACCAACUACCGAUAGAAUGGACGCAAUGAAGAAGGAGCUCAAGAAGAAACAAAAGAGUAAACGAUAUCGUGCUUCAAUUAUUCGUUUGGAAACUUCUACCUCUUCACUCUAA